GGUCGCCCGCUCCACCCCCUCCCCCUCCCGCCCCGUACCCCAGUUUCCCCCUCGCCGCCGCAGGAGCCGGAGCCGCCGCCGCCGCCGGAGCCGGAGAAGACCACGAGCAAGAUCAGCAGGUGAAUACCCGACUCGCCCUCUUCUUCAUCCCCGGGCGGGCGGAUCUUUCCCCGGCAGCGGCGCCCGAGGGGAAGUCGACCUCGCCGAGAGGGGGCCCGACGGGGGCGCUCGGGUCGUCGGCGGCGCGCCGUUCGACUUCCCGGGCGCCCCGCCGCCGGAUUUCUUCCCGGCGGUGCGGGGAGCGGCACGCGAGUGCGCCCUCCCCUACCAAGCUUCCUGCCCUGGAGCUGUUGCCUUUAAAAGGGAAGGACAUGAAGCCCAGUGCUCAAGUCACCACUUAUUUAUCCUUCAGAGUAUAUGGACUAACCUUUCUGCUACUUCACAAUGCAGGCACCAAGGAAAUGUCUCGCGGGAAGAAGGCAUCUGCCAAUAAGAAGACUGCCGUCCAGAGGCAAAAGAGGAUCUGUCAUUAUCUCCUUUUACCAGGGGAGAAUGGCACACCGGUUACAGAUUUUGUCAAGGGUCUCGCCGGUGAAAUAAUGUGUGAUAGGGAUCCGGUUGGCCAAACACAAGCAUUGGAUACUCCGCGUGCAAGCUUUAUCGAGAGUGUGAAGCAUAUAUUAUUCAGAGUCACGAAUAUGCCACUGGACGUUCUUGAGUCUGGCUACUGCUUUCAGAGCUUGCAGCUAGAAAACAUCGUGGUGACAGAUUAUUAUGAGAUCCCAAAGUUAGUGGUUGACAACCUGGAGAAAAGAACUGCCAAGGGCACAAAAGCCAAUCUUACAGCCCUCGCAGACAUGCUUCACCAGUUGGUGGGUGAAGCCAGUGCCAAGUAUCACGCGGACAAGGAUAUCAAUCCGGAGUUCAAGCAUUUGCUCCAGCAUAUAAAAGGGUAUCAGCAAGGAGACCCAUUCUUCCUUAUGAGAUAUAAUGUUUGUUAUGUGCCACUGGAGAAUAGGCCUUUUCUCUACGUCGAAAUGUAUGACUAUGUGAUGGAUAUUCUGAGAUAUACCGACCCAGAGGCAUUCCAGUUUGUGAUCAGCAAUCUGUCCUAUCCAUUGGACUGGAAUGUUCAACUUCUGAACAACUCAUACCUGGUUUGGUCAUUUGGCAGGUCAAGAUAUGAUCCACAGGCGACGCGCUUUCCAGCGGAAACUGAUCCUCGAUUGGAGCCAUUGCGCUACCAUCGGAAUGGGCCUGCUCAUCCCUUGGAGGAUUCGGCUGAUCCGGCCGCAGAACAUGGAAUGGCCUCGACAAGGGCGGAUGUUGCACACAGGUUAUAUUUUCUGUUCCCGGACCUGAUGUCGUCAAUGCAGACAAACCUGCACUAUAUUGGAGCUCUAUGCCAUCUGGGAACAGAAAAGCUAUUUCCCUUCCAAGUCAGAAAAACUGGUCGUCAGCAGUAGCUUGGAAGCAAUCGUAGUAACUCACUACGGUUUCUACUUUUCUGCUUGGUGUUGGAGCUUCUCAUUCUAUCAUGCGAGUAUUCUAUCAUGUGAGUGAUAGUCUGGAGCUGGUUUUGGCCCCUUGCGGCACCUGAAAUGCUGAUCUGAUUCGAAACUUGGAAUUGUGAGAAACAAUGUAUAGUGCACAAUCUAAGAUGUACAGUUGAUUUUGCUUGAGCUACAGCUCUGUUUGUUGUAGUUCCGGGGCUGGUUUGGCCCCUUGCGGCACCUGAAAUGCUGCUCUGAUCUGAAACUUGGAAUUGUGAGAAACAAUGUAUAGUGCACGAUCUAAGAUGUACAGUUAAGACAGAUAUACAGAAUCUUUUAUCAGUUUUCU